UACGCGAUAACCUCACAAGGGGCCGAUGAUUUCAUCUUAGAGGAAAAUCUCACCAUGGGGUUCACGCGAUCCCGAAUCACGAAUGGAUCUCUCGAAUGGUUUGCUGACACAAGGUCUUCGGAACCAUUGACGUGCGCUCGAAAGUCUACUCUAUGGGCACGGGAAACAGGCGCCCCUACCGGAUCCAUAGCCCAUGCCGUAUGACUAUGUCGUCUUUCGCGCGUCUGAGGUUCAACAUCUCGCAGCUGACACGGAGCCUCGGCCUCAGCCACGGAAUAUCGUGAAUGAUCCCGCAGUCCUGGGUGUUCCUAACGCACCAUCCAAGGCCCCAGCAACUAGUGAAGUUCAUAUUCCAAUUGACCCCCCAUGUUCCUUCAGUGUCAAUCUGCGCCUUUCAGGCCGCUAAAGAACCCACGCGCGUUAUCGCUGCCUUCACAAUCCUUCCUUACCUGGUUGUUGUCACUCAUGAGACUUACGCAUGUCUUUCUCCCAGCCACCUCAAAACGGGCCAUCUUCUGUUAAAAGCGAGGUUAAGUGACUUUCCUCUGCUCUCCCAUGAUGGCAUUGGUUUGCCCACAUGGGGGUACUGUAGUCUUUCUGCUGAGCAUUCCUCAACCCGAUUAUUCGUUUACGACAUUGCUGACCUCAAAAUUACACCGCCUAAGCUCCACCGGUCACUGUUUAUCAACCGGCCACCAAUGUCCCUCAGCCAUCGCCCCAAUCAGCGACUCAACCAGCGCUUCAACCAGUCCCCAGUCUGUCCCCUCCCUGUUUCUAGCUCACGAUUUCCUCUCGAUAACUGGCGAUCCCAGCCGGGGAAAACUGUUAACAACCUCGUAGCAGAGUAUGUACAAUGUUUAUAGGUAAAGGGCAGAGUGGCGCAGAAUGAAUGUCAAACAUUCAAUAAACAUGAAACGAGGGGAUAAUAAAGGAGUGUCCGUGAGAGGAGAUGAGUUUCUCGUUUCAGUGAUGGAACACGCAAAAGUUCGAAUGG